GUUACAACAGCUGACAUAAGAUCAUCCAGGCUGCAGUAUAGUGCUUGUUGACAUAAAUUCGGUGGACUUCCCAACUGCAUAAAACGUUUCUCCAGUCAUUGGGACACUAUAUCGUUGGCGAGAAGCUUUUAUGCUGAAAGUAAUGGUCGGAUGUGUUGUACCUUAAUUUUGGCAGCUUGAUAGAAGUCUGGAACGGAUGACCGACUCGGUGACGGUAACCGCAAUUUAGGCAACAUGGGAGAUGUUGUGGGAUUUAUCUUGAACGGAUUUUAAAAACCGUCGGGAAAAUGGCCGAGAGGUUGGAGUGGGUGGAAAUCAUUGAGCCACGCACACGGGAGCAUAUGUAUGCCAAUCUGCUAACGGGUGAGUGCGUGUGGGACCCACCACAGGGUGUUUGCAUCAAGCGUACUGGUGAGAACCAGUGGUGGGAGCUGUUUGACCCCAAUACUUCACGCUUCUACUACUAUAAUGCCUCUACCCAACGCACAGUGUGGCAUCGGCCUCAGGGAUGUGACAUCAUACCCUUGGCCAAGCUGCAGACUCUGAAGCAGCACACAGAUGCCACCAUCACUCGUCCUCCAGGUGGCGGGCGGCGAGCAUCUGCUGACAACAGCCCAGGACGGAACAGCGAGGUCAGCCGAGAAGGAAGCACCUCGUCCUCCCUUGACCAGGAGCUGUCCGAAAAACAAGGCAACAGAGAGGAGGCAGACAGGACCUCUCCCUUCAGGUGGAAUACUGGUACAAAAGAGCGAAUGCUGAUCAAGGUGACAGACAGAGAGCCCAGCUUCUUGGCUCAUCAGGGAAAUGGUUACUCUCCCUGUGACCCCUCCAGCCCUAGCACUCCUUCUGGAGGGGGCACCACCUCACGAGCCCGCUGUUCCUCUGGAGGAAACCCUUCUUCAGAACCUGACAGCUCCCCAGUUCUUUAUGCCGACCGCCGUCAGUCUCCUUUUCUUAAGCGGGCAGAGCUGGGUGGCUCAAACACCCAUCGACUCACUUCAGCUGACUCCCAGCCUCCUUCACCCCGCUACACCUAUGAGCCCCCACUAUAUGAGGAGCCGCCAUCAGACUUUCAGCCCCCACCCAUCUAUGAAGAGCCUCCCACUGACAUGCACCUCUCUGAUUCUUCUUCCUUCUACAGCACUGGCAAGUCACCUGCUCGAAAAUCUUCAGUCCCCCUUUACCACUCCCCCAAGCAGGGCCAGUCACCCUAUGGCCAGCUGGUUCUGACCAGGCAGAAGUGUCCCGAAAAGACUCAGAGUUUGGAGUACAGUCCUGUGGGCAAGGAAUAUGUUAAGCAGCUGGUGUACGUGGAGCAGUCAUCUUCCAGUCCUCGAUUCAAGACAGCAGACCGUCUUCUGCGUUACGGCACAACCGGUGGCUAUGGAAGUUCAUAUGGGGGGUCCUACACUCUGCAACACAGCCAAUCUCUGAUCAGAGACCCCCGCCUCCUACUGGACUACAGUGGAGAGGGUGGAGAGGGAAGCCAGAGGUUAGUUUAUGAGGACUCCAUAUCCUGGACGUCCAGCCAGACACACUCCCUGUCUUCUUCUUCUACAGCCAGGCCUGGGGCUUUCUCUCCCUCUGGCAACCGCAAACGCAAAAGCCGCAAGCCAUCCCUCCCACAGGAACUGACUCGCUAUGGGGAGGUGGAGCUUACAGGGACAGCAUCUGAGGCCAUGCUGGCUCAGGCCAGACUUGCAUGGGAGGCUCAGCAGGUGAUGAAACAGAGGUGCAGUUGGGAUUCUGGGCAAGGAGGUGGUGCUUCCCAAGCUGGCAGCUCUAAAGAUGGCUAUGAGAGUGACGGAGCAGUGCCUCUGCCGUUACCGGGACCAGUGGUGAGGGCGUUCAGUGAGGACGAGGCACUAGCACAGAGCGAUGGCCACCACUGGAAACGCAGUACCUUUGAGCGGCUGGGGUUCCCUCAGGCCCUGCUGGAGAAAAGCCUCUCUGUUCAGACCAACCUGGCCUCCCCUGAACCUUACCUUCAUCCCUCACAGUCAGAGGACCUCGGAGCUUGUGCCCAAUUUGAAGCCAGUCGAAAUGCAAGGAAUAUGAUGCCUAGCGCCAGCUGUGGCAUUUUCCCAGAGUUCUCCCUGAGGAAGCCGUCCUCGGAGACCGACAUUGAGAACUGGGCAUCCAAGCACUUCAAUAAACACACACAGGGUCUUUUUAGAAGAAAGGUCUCUAUUGCCAACAUGUUGGCCUGGAGCAGUGAGCCUAUCAAGAAGCCCAUGAUUGUGACUUCAGACCGCAGCGUGAAAAAGGAGGCAGUCGAGAUCUUUAAACUCAUCCAGACCUACAUGGGAGACCGUCGCUCCAAGGCCGACCCCCUUUCUGUGGCUCUGGAGGUUGUGGUGCGUGGGUGGAGUAAUCAGGGUUUGCGUGAUGAGCUCUACAUCCAGCUGUGUCGUCAAACUACAGAGAACUUCCGCUACGACAGCCUAGAGCGAGGCUGGGAAUUGAUGGCCAUCUGUCUAGCUUUCUUCCCCCCAACACCCCGUUUCCACACUUACCUGGAGGGCUAUAUUUAUCGACACAUGGACCCUCUGAAUGACACCAAAGGUGUGGCCAUUAGCAGUUAUGCUAAAUACUGCUACAGGAAACUGACAAAAGCUGCACUCACUGGAGCCAAGAAGGGUGUGCAGAAACCCUGCAUAGAGGAAAUCAAGCAUGCCAGGAACGCCAUCUUCAACCCUUCCAUGUUCGGGUCCUCCCUUGAGGAGGUCAUGGCACUCCAGAAGGAGAGAUAUCCAGACCGCCAAUUGCCAUGGGUACAGACUCGCCUCUCUGAAGAGGUUCUGUGUCUCAAUGGAGACCAAACAGAGGGCAUUUUCAGAGUACCAGGGGACAUAGAUGAAGUCAAUGCCCUCAAGCUGCAAGUGGAUCAAUGGAAAAUCCCUACAGGACUGGAAGACCCACACAUUCCUGCCUCUCUGCUGAAACUCUGGUACAGGGAGCUCGAAGAACCGCUUAUCCCUCACGAGUUUUAUGAGGAGUGUAUCAGUCACUAUGACAACCCAGAGGCAGCUGUCGGUGUGGUGCUGGGCCUGCCACAUAUCAACAAACUGGUGCUCUGCUAUCUCAUUCGAUUCCUACAGGUAUUUGCCCAGCCUGCUAAUGUGGCCAUCACCAAAAUGGAUGUGAACAACCUGGCCAUGGUUAUGGCUCCCAACUGUCUGCGCUGCCAGUCUGAUGAUCCUAGGGUCAUCUUUGAAAAUACUCGCAAGGAGAUGUCCUUUAUCCGGGUGCUCGUCCAGCGGCUAGACACCAGUUUCAUGGAUGGAAUCCUAUAACCCCCAGCUGCACACAGCCAUCCUCCAUACUCACUCACUCCUGCUUCCUCCGCACUCCCUUUAACUUGCUCCAUCACAUUUCAGUACUGUCCCCCAGCACAGGAACAUCGGAAUACACAUUUUAUUGCUGCUGGAUGCUUAAUCUCCAACGUGUUUACUUUCCUAAAAGUAUCAGAAAACUGCCUUGAUUUGAAUAUGUCCAUUCAUUUUCAGAUGAAACUGCUAUUUUUCUGUUUCUCCAGGUGUAGUUAACACUUAUGUUUUAUAUUAGCGUUACAAGGUUUUCACAUGACAAUACAGUGUGUGCCUUCACAUACAUUUCUACAGUAUACACAUAGGGUAGAGGAAUAGGAGGGAUUUAGGAAAGAUCUCAGCUCAUUAGAUUCACAGGUUCAUUUCAGUGGCACUCUUGGAGUUCUGCAGGCUUCAGUAAUGUCCAAACAGUUAUAGAGCAGUAAAGAUCAUCAGCACAGGGAUCGGGCCAAGUUGAAAACAUUUUAAAUUUUGUUUGCUGUCAGUGAGAACAGAGCUGCUGUUCAAACACUGCCUGCUGCAUUGUGUGUGUCUGCAACAAUCAAACACAAAUCAAUUUCAUUUUAUUUAUGCAGCACCAAAUCACAACAAUAGUCGCCUCAAGGCGCUGUAUACUGUCAGGUAAAGACCCUACAAUGAUAGACAGAAAUUCCCAACAAUCAGGCCCCUAAGAGCAAGCACUUAAUGACGGUGGGAAGAAAAAAAAAUCUCUUUUAGGAGGAAGAACCCUCCGAUAGAAGGAACAGCCAUCUGCUGUAGCUGGUUGGGAGUAAGGGGAAAAAACAGAGCUGAGUGAGCGAUAACAAAAGACACACUGUGGAAGAAAGACAGGGUUUAAUAACAAGUAAUAAUUAAACAUGAUUUAAACACCUGUGGUUUUAAAGCAAGAGAUAAUAUGACAGCCUUUCUGACUAAUUAGACAAUUUGUGAAGAGAGCAUGAACACUAGCUCACAGACUCCUUGUUUUUUUGGAUGUGACAGCACUUAGACUGCUCUGAUCACUAUAAUUGUUUGUACGUGCUACACAUGAGGUCUGAAUUGAACAAAACAUUUUGUUUGCCGCAUUAUGAAAAAAGCUGGCUGUUUAUGUGGCUCACUGUUGAGAAAUGUUAACAUAACAAGUUACUUCCAACAUGCAGAUCCUGAAAAGUCUGGAAUUACAGAACUAAAGGUCAGACCAGGUAAGAUGAGUGACACAGUGCAGGAGAAUACUUUUUCAGGAGACAACUAUUUCAUCUUCUGCAAUACUUUAUCACAAACUAGGCUCUGAAUAACGCAUAGAAAGCCCUGCAUCUGUUAAAAAAAGGGAGGAGAGGCGAGGAACGAAACUGUUUAGUAUAUGAAAAUUCUAUUAAAGUGGACUUUCCACAUUUGAACAAACUGAAAAUGGUUAAAAGAAAUCUUGCACACUAAUACCUCAAUCUCCUCAUAUACAGUCUAAAACUCUAAAAAAAUUAAAGGAAUGCUUUUUAAUCAGCGUAUAGCAUCAAGUCAACCAACUUCUGUGAUAUUGAGCUCGUCAGAUAAGUAGCAGAGAAGGUUGUAUUAAUUGUUUUGAUGUUAAUUCAAUUAACAUUUCAUUAAGUUUGGGUGGACUAGAGGAGCGUCAAUGAGAAAACCCCCCAAAAAGGAAUGGCUUUGCAGGUGAAUGACAUUUUUUCCCUCCUCGUCUUUUCUGACGGUUUAUAUCCACUAGUUUUGCAUUUGGUUAGGGUCAUUGUCACUACUGGUGACAUUGGCAAUGCCUGCAUCUUCUAGAGGUUGCACAGGUAGUCCAACACCACCAAGAUGGCACAUCAAGACGUGCCAUUGCCAGAAAGUUUGCUAUGUCUGGAGAUUCCAGGAGACAAGUACUUACUCCAGGAGAUCCACCAGUAGGACAACCCAAAGCCCUACAGAAUGACCUCUAGCAGGCCACUGGUGGGAAUGUCUCUGACCAAACAGUCAGAAAUAGAUUUUAUGAGGAUGGCUGACGUCCUCUAGUGGGCCCUAUGGUCAUUGCCUGGCACCAGGGAGUCCGAUUGGCAUUUGCCAUAGAAUACCAGAAUUUGCCAGUCCACCACUAGCACAUGUUACAGAUAUGAAAGGGUCUGGAGAAGCCAUGGAGAACCUGUAAUAUUAUUCAUCAUGACCAGUUUGGUGGUGAGUGGUGACUGUCUGCGAAGGCAUAUCCUUGGAAGGACACACGGACCUCUACAGGCUAGGCAACAGAAUCCUGACUGCCAUUAGGUAUCGGGAGGAAAGCCUUGGAACGAUUGUCAGACCCUACGCUGGUGGAGUGGGUCCUGGUUUCCUCCCCAGUUGUUGGUGGGUGAAGGAUUUGAUACUACUUAUGGCCCCCACCCUCUCCUGACCUAAACUAGUAGAACGCCUCUGGGACAUUAUGUUUCAGCCCACACAAAACAGGAGCCCAUUGAUGCCCUGGUCCAGAUCUGGACGGAGAUCCCCCAGGACACUAUCGGUCAUCUCAUUAGGAGCAUGCUUCGAUGGUGUUAAGGGGGCCAUGGGGCCAUACAAACUAUUAAAAUAUUGCAGCAUUUUGAGUUGCUGCAAUGAAAUUUCUGUGAAAUGGACUAACCUGCUGCAUCAUUUUUUACUCUGAUUUCGGGGCAUCUUCGAAUUCGAACGUCUGUAUGUUGACAAUUUUUAUUUCCCUCAAAUGAUGUGGCAUUCUUCAAUUCCUAACAUUACCCAGUCCAUAUUAAUAUAAAGAUCCAGCAUGACUUUUUUCCCCACUGAGUUGACUUGAUGUGGUUUCAAAGUGUACCUUUAAUUUUUUUAAGCAGUGUAUGGAUCACUAGGUUGAGUGUCACUACUGAUAGCAUGAGGCGAUACCACCCUGAGCACACCUAAGCUUGUCCGAUCUCAGAAGUUAAGAAAGACUUCUGGUCUGGUCAGUACAUGGAUGACAGCCCACCUGGGACAGCUUGUAGUUGUGGCAGCUGUGGGUCAGGUGGUAGAGUUGUGACUAUCUGAAAGAUUGGUGGAUAAAUCUCUGGCUCCUCCUGUGCAUGUCUCAAAGAAUAUUGAACACUGAGUUGCCCGGUAUCUGACUGAGAGAACUCACAUUUGAGAAAUUCUGCAUUAUGAAAUAAUUGCAUAAAUGUCCAGUGCAGAAAAAUAAAUCUAAAUGUGUAUAUCUUUUUGUAUUCUUUCCACUAUUCCAAAAGAAGACAUACCAUGAAACCAAAAUAACACAAAAACACUAACGGUAGUGUCUCGCCUUAAGCAGAACAUGUUCAUUCUUCCUGUAUCAACGAUGGCUAUGUUAUCACCAUAAAAUUACAGUAAAAUUUGUACACAGUUAUAGUGUGAACAAAAUAGCAACCUUCAGUGGUUUCUGGUGUGGAAAAAAUGUAAAUGACCUUGCACUCGGGAAAUUUUGAUGAAACGCUCAUGUCCUUUCACUCUGCCAUAGUAGUUGGUGCUGUUCAGUCAGUCCGGUUGUUGACCACAUCCCUCCUGAGCCAUCUAUGAGCAACACAUCCAGGAAAGCAGCUGAUAGCAGCACUGCCAAUAAUGCUGUGUCAAACACAGCACUGCAGCCCAUACCUCUUGACAGGGAAGUGAGAAGUGACAGCUCUUCCAUAAUACUCCCAUCCCAGAGAAAAAGUCCUCAUCCACCACCACCUUAGGUCCACUAGUCCUUUCUACACACUGAUGACAUGUGGAUGUGUCUGUCUCCAUGCAUGUUUGUCCUUCUGUCCAUCAUUGUUUACAGAUUGUAGCCAUCUGUACUCUUUGUGCUCUUUGUCUAUGAGCAAGUACUGUUGUUACUUGUGUUUGAGAUUUUGUUUAAUAUGUAACAGAAUUUCUGUUUUUUUUUAACACAUUCUUUUAUAUGAUUUAACUUAUUUUGUAUUUAUUUAAGGAUAUUUGCUUAAUGCCUCCCGAAGAUGAGCACUUGUGUUAUUGCACAAGUGUGUCUGCAUAUGUUUUCACACAUGGUGAUGUCUGACUGUGAAUCUCAAUUUGGAUGUGUUUCUUUCCAUAAUACAGCUGAAAGUCAUAGUGUGUCUAUACAGCUCACUGACUCAUAAAUACACACUCCACAUAGAUCAAAUGUACACUGUCACUGUACAUACUAUGUAAAAAGAAGUAUGUACAGAAAAACAGAUAAAAAGGCACCAUAUGUAAUAGUAGAGAUUGUUGUGAAAGGACCAGGGUGAGUGAGGUUUUUUCAGUUUUAUUUAAGUCUAAUUAAAGUGUACUGUUACAUUAAUCAAAGUGGCAAUUUUAACUCAUUUCCUCUAACAUCCUCAGGUUUCUACCUACCACCUGUUAAAAAACAGAAAGUAUUUUAAAGCCCAGAGAAGUCAUUUGUCUAGAGAAGGAUAUCAACUUUUAAGACAGCGGCUGGUGCCGAUCCCGGCUCUCACAGGGUGAGAGGCACACCAUGGACAAUUCACCAUUUGCAGGGCUAGCUGAACAAUUUCUAAGUAAAGCUUACUUAAAUGUACUGUCAGUCAACUAUUAAUUCAAACUAAACAUAUGUUUUUUGUAUAAAAUUUCAUUUUCCCUUCUUCCAAAUAAGGAAGCUUGAGGCAUAAGCAUGAUUGGGGAAACUGCCUCUGAAUUAUGGAAAAUAUACAGUCACAAUAAAAAGACAGUAUACCCUCCUUAAAUUAUAAGGUUUUACAUGUCAGGGCAUAAUAAAAAAUUCUGGUCCUUAGCAUUUCUUAAUUAGUAAAAGGCACCCGAGGGUGUCUAAUUCGUUAGAUCAUUACAAUAUAUGAAAUGCAUCAUAAUUUCUGUACGCGCUGGUUUCCAUUUUGGCUUAUUUUCUGUAAGGUAGCAGCUCAUCAGCACAUUU